UCAUGAAAUUGUGUAUCAGCGGGUACAACGAUAGCAAAAAAGAAACCCAACUAAAAUCUAUCAAGCGCUUGGAGAAUAAAAUUUUAUGUAAUUUUUCUCGUCAUAUCAUCAAAUUUUUUAAUCUAAUAUUUAGUAAUUAAAGAUGACAACAAAAGAUAAUAUUGUAAAACAUAUAUCAUUGAAUAAGUUAAAAUAUGUGAGAUUUUUAUUUACAGAGAUAUCCAUAAGACUUGCUCUAUCUCGUUUAAUGCGACAAACUAAGAAGGAUUAAACUCAAUUUAACUUUAAAUAUUGGGUUAUCAUGUAUUCUUGAUGUGAUUUCUAUGCAAAUCCUUGUUAAUGUAUGUGGUGGUCUUGCAGUCACAGCCUUGUUAAAGCAAUGCAUAUAUCAUAUAUUGCCCUGCUCUUAAUCUUAAAAUAAUUAUAAUUAGUUUUUGUUAAAGUGCCUUUACUUUAUUUUAAUUUUACUUUUUUGGCCUUUUCCAACAUCUUUCCAUGGCGUAAGCUUGAUAUCUGACAUUGCAAGCAAAGCAAAGCAAAGCAAACAGAAACAGCCUCCCUCCCUCUAUGGUUUUGUUAUAGCUAGCUUUAAUUCUUCUCUACCCCCUUAGAGUUUCUCUCUAAUAUAUUAAUACUAUAAUCAAUCUCCUGGCCUGUUAGUUGCCAAGCCACAAAAUACAAUUAAUAAAUUAAACUAAUCCAUCUCUACCCGUAAGACACCUCCAUCUCUUCCACAUACAUACUGUGCCAGUUGCUUCACUUGUAAUUAAAAGUCUCCACUCCAACUUUUGUUCCUUCUUACCCUACUACUCCAUAUAUAUACAUAUACUAUAUCUAUAUCCUCCUAGCUUUCUCUCUCUCUCUCUCUCUCUCUCUCUCUCUCCCCCCACCCCUCCAUCCCCCCAUACAAAGACAUAAUAAAUAAACACUUAGAAGAGUCAUGAAAACCUUGUUAACACCUUGUUUUCCCCAUUGACAACCAUAUUUAUGAAACCUCCAUUAAGUUAUAUAUCCCAAGAUCAGAUAUAGGUUUCAGAAAAAGAGGUAGCUAGAGCCUAGAACAACAUGAGUAGCAAUAGCAUUAAUCCUUCAGGAGAAAGAAAUGGUGAGAUUAUUAUGGAGGAGCAGAAGAAAGUGGCGGUGUACAAGGAAUGCCUCAAGAAUCAUGCAGCUGCAAUUGGUGGGAUAGCCACCGAUGGGUGUGGUGAGUUUAUGCCUGCUGGAAAACUAGGCACCGUUGAAGCACUCAAAUGCUCUGCCUGCAAUUGCCACAGAAACUUCCAUAGGAAACACAUACAACCUGAUGGUUGUGAUCGUGAUCGUGAUUAUCAUUCUUCUUCUCCUGUAUUCUUUCUCAACCAUAACAAUGAUAACAAUGCUGCUGGGAAGAAACCCAUUAGAUGGGGGCAUCAGAAUGCAGUAAUUUUGGGUUCAUCUCAACAAGCUUGGCACCCAACAAAACCCUCGUUUGAAGUUUCCUACAAAAAUAAAAGUGGUGAUGAUGAUGAUGAUGAUGAUCAGGUUCAUGAGAAGGAGAAGGUGAUGAUGAGGAAGAGGUUCAGGACAAAGUUCAGUCAACAGCAGAAGGAGAAAAUGUUAAAGUUUGCAGAGAAGGUAGAAUGGAAGAUACACACGGUGGAAGACUCAGAGGUUCAGCAGUUUUGCCAAGAGGUUGGGAUCAAGAGGAGUGUCCUCAAAGUGUGGAUGCACAACAACAAACACAACUUUGCCAACAAAAAUCGCCAUUAAUAUUAAUACACUUUCUUCAAUCUCGUUUUUCCAUGUUAACUUAAUAGUCAUUUGUUUUUCUAUUUUACAUUUUUCCUGCAUGCUUAAAUAUUAUCUCUAGAAUUCUUAAUUAAUUUUCUUCUUGUCUUGGCUAUUUAUGUUGUGUUUAACUCAAUGUAAUGCAUGUGUAUGUUAACGGAUUAAUAGAUCUUUGAUUUGAUUGUGA